AACAAAAUUCUCUUCUUUUCCAAGGCCAUCUCUCUCUCCUUCUUUCAAUUUGGCAAUUACACCUCCCUUCCUCUUCCUCAUCCUUCUUUCGAAAAAUGAGCGACAAACAAUCUAGCUCGGCCCCAGAGCCUCGCGUCUUGAUUGAAUGCCCGGAUGGGUGUAUCAUGGUCAUAACAGACAAGCCUGAGGUUUUCCAAGCCGUGGUAGCACGAGAAUCCCAACCCCCCUACGAAAUCAUUCCCAUUCCAUGUACGAUUUCCAAACCUGAACCUGAAUCUCCUACCACCACCGAGCCAACCAUCAAGUACCUCGCUUCUCAGCUCGGCCGCGUCAUCCAGAAGAUGGAGAUCCUUGACAAGGAAAAGAAGGAGAUCAUGGAGAAGAUCCGCGCGCGGGGGGGAAACAUUCGGAUCCCCAAGGACUAGACAGCUGUCUGCAAUGCGUCAAGAUCGAGGUCGAUGACGUUGAGGAAUUCGAUUUACGAACGGAAAGGAAUGGGAUGGCAUGGUAUGGGACCUCGCAAUCUAUGCAGUGCACUGAGGAUUUCGAUUCGAUUCUGCAUUUGCCUUCCCUUAAGCUAAACAUAGACUUUUGUAUCAAGUUCUCUAAGAAGAUCUAAAGAAUGACUCACCGCGAGUUGUCAGAGUGUGCCCUC